CUUUGAAAAGGCCGAGAAUAAACGUAGAAGACUGUUCCUUGGAGGAAUCCGAUUCAGACCAAGAAGAAGUCAAAAGGAGUAGACAGACGUCCCCUCUGAACAACCCUCCUACGUUAUUAGCCCCCACCCCCUCCCCCGAUCCUGUCACAAGCCCAGAUCCCGACUUAGAUGUCGAGGAAGAUACUCAGAGUGAAGCUCCAGAAAACCUUUCGAUCAAAAGAGAGAAGCAACCCAGUCCCGAAACACCUCCGCAUCAGCAUGCUUCCAACUUCAUGCCAUACCAUCAACAGUUUGCUCAGUUCCCAGUCCAGUUUCAGCCCCAAUAUCCCGCCCAGAGGAGCCCCAUCGACGUUUUGAUGAGGGUGUUUCCUGGAAGAAGGAGAUCUGAUGUGGAAGCGCUUUUACAAAGAUGCAAAGGCGACGUCUUGCAAGCGAUGGAGCUCAUGGUCAGCGGUUCUCAUGAGGAAAUAUCAGCUCCAUCAGCCUUUUCCCCUCUAGGUCCGCCUCCAAACUUCCACAGGUACAGUCCUUCGAGAAGGUUCCUGUCAGCUCCCUACGCAGGUACUGGAUACCUACCAACAGUUAUUAGACCACCUACAGACUAUCUGUCUUUGAUGGGUCCUGUUCACGAUCUGUACAAGAACGAAAACACUACAGCUUCUUCUCCAGGAUCAAACACCGGGUCGGACAAGACCAGCUAUUCUGAAUAGCCUACGUUUUUGGGAAGGAACGGUAGUGGAAGUAAUCAUUUUUGAAGUGAUCUUUGGUGAUAAUAGUGUUUGGAAAAGGUUGGUUGAUCAGAAAUGUUGUAGAGGAACUUCUGUUACAAGUUUAAAGACGAAAAAAAUUCAGAAACAUUUCACGAACAAUAUAGUUUUUUUAUUAUGUAUUAAUGUUCAUACUCAGAGUUCAAACAUAUGAACAACAUAAAAAA